AUGCAGACUGACGGCAUAAUUGGCCCCAUGGACCUUUCCUUUUCUGACUGGGAAAACGAGGAACUGGCAAAGGCCAAAUUUGCGGCUAAGGAUAAGUCAUUUCUCGCUGUUGAUCAGCCGCUCACAUUCAACGGAGGAAUUAUCACCGUCACAUCUACCACUGACACCUCUGUCACGCUUCGCCAGAAGGGCCAAGGAACGAAGCUUCAGUUGAUUGACGCAAGCUCGCCUACAGCUCACCAAGAUUUCGUCCAGCAACAAGCACGCGGCGCGUACAUCGCCUCCAGCCAUGGGGCGCGCUGCUCCCACAAGGGCGCAGGAAACAUGUCGGACGAUUCGGGCGAUGACGAUGAUGACUCGGACGGAGAUGGACUUGCUCCAUCUAAUUACAAGAAGCCCUCGGUGGCCAAAGGCCACAACCGUCGUACGCCUGGCGGUCGGCUGGGGAAGAAUGUCGGCCAGAGCGAUUUCUUCCUAGGAACCUCGGCCAAGCCGCUCAUUUUGGACCAGGAGUAA